CUUUUAUGUUUUGUGAAUAUUGCUCAGGCUCAACACGUUGACCCGAGUCAACACCGGACUGUCACUUGUCGCCCGUUUGGCGCAUGUGAACCAUGUCCGGUGGAUGCUCUUCAUGAACCCUUCUGCCAUCCAUUCGGAAACCGUCAACUCAUGCAUUGUUCGAACACGACCACACCUACAACACCCCCCGAUGAACCACACCCUAUAUCUCCACCCCCAGGAGCUCUCGGGGAGACUCCCGCAUGGCAAUCCUGCGGCCGUGUUCCUGCUAAAGAGCGUGCUGAUUUUUACGAAUUCGUGGCAUGCAACCUGUUUUUCGCGACCAUCGCCAUAGCCAUAUCCCUAUUUCGCUCUCGAAGAAUCGAAGCACAUCAAGCCAGACGUCUUGCUGUACGAAUCGGACUUGUUAGAGGUGGUGGAUAG